AUGCCCAUCAAAUCACCACACCCCGACAUUUCCAUCCCAAAAUGCAACAUCCUCAGCUACAUCUUCGCCUCCAACCGCCACGCCACCUCCACAACCCCCCUAUGGAUCGACGCCUCCAACCCCUCCCACUCCCUCAGCCUGGCACAAAUGCUCCUCCUUGUAAAACGGUUCGCCGUCGGCCUCGAAAAACUAGACAUUCCCACUGGCGCCGCGGUCAUGGUCUUCAGCCCGAAUCACAUUUACGUGCCCAUGGUGUACUUGGGCGCCGCGGGGAGCAAGCGUGCGUUCACCGGUGCGAACCCGAUAUACACGGUGAAUGAGGUUACGUACCAGAUGAAGGUUUUGGGGGCGGCGAUGGUGCUGAUUCAUCCGAGUUUGAUGGAGACGGGGUUGAAGGCCGCGAGGGAGUCGGGGAUACCCGAGGAGCGGACUUUUGUGUUUUCGGAUGGGGUUGGGGAGGCUGUGCAGAGGGUUAGGGAUUGGAGGGAGAUGCUUGCUUCGGAAGAUGAGGCGCGGGACUGGCGGUGGGAUGAGUUGGGGGGUGAUGCGGCGGAAGACACGAUUGCGUGUAUUAACUUUUCUUCUGGGACUACGGGGCUUCCGAAGGGGGUGUGCAUAAGUCAUCGGAACUUGAUAGCGAACGCUUCACAGGCUAUAGUCUGCAAGUUUUCUGGCACCGAUCGUUCAGAACAGAAUCCCGGCUCGGAAACAUGGUUGGCCUUCUUGCCUUUGUACCACGCAUACUCACAGCUUUGGACGAUUAACAUUGCAGCCCGGCUUGGUUACAAGGUGUACAUACAGCAGAAAUUCAUAUUCGAGGAGUUCUUGCAAUUCGUCGAGAAGUACAAGGUUGACGCAGUGCAAGCUGUGCCGCCGCUGCUGAUCAUGCUGACCAAGCGGCCAGAGGUCAAAAAGUACGACAUCAGCAGUUUGAAGCAUAUUCUAGUUGGAGCUGCACCUACUAGCCGCGAGCUUCAGGCGGAGGUGUCCAGGAAAUUCAACUUGAAAGUAGGUCAGGGGUACGGCAUGACUGAAACGACAUGUCUGGCGAUCAUUGCUCCAUAUGGCGACGAAGACGACGGUACCGGUACUAUUGGCUUAUUAGCACCAAAUACUGACGCAAAGUUGGUUGACGACGAGGGCAAAGAAGUAAAUGGGGAAGGACAAAGAGGAGAACUGUGUGUCAGGGGACCACAGAUGCUGAUGAGGUACUGGAAGAAUGAGGCUGCGACGAAUGAGAGCAUGGAUACAGACAAAUUCUUCCAUACCGGCGACGUAGCAAUCUGGAAGAAAGACGGCCGAGGGCGGCAAACAUGGUGGAUAGUCGAUCGCAAGAAGGAACUAAUCAAGGUAAAGGGGUUGCAGGUAGCUCCUGCCGAGUUAGAGGCAGUUUUGCUGGAAUGUCCUGACGUGGCGGAUGCUGCUGUGGUCGGGAUUAGGUACGAAGAGGAUGGUGAAGAGUGGCCAAGAGCCUAUGUUGUAUUGCAGGAUGAGGCCAAGAACGGUGGCCGAGUCGGCGAGCGGGAGAUACAACAAUUCGUCUCAUCACGAGUGUCAAAGCACAAAUGGCUGGAAGGUGGUGUCAAGUUGAUCGACGAGGUUCCGAAGCUACCAUCUGGGAAGAUCAUGAGGAAAGUGAUGAAAGACAUGGCCAAACAGGAUGCUAUAGACAUGAAGAGUCCGCAACAACAGCAAAGCAGCGAGGCAGGCCAGCAGACGAUCUAUGGCGAACAUCAGCUUGCAGAUCGACUUGGCACAAAUUUUGAACUCACCGCACAAGCCACGGUGACUAAGAAUCCAAGUGUGGGCCCGACGACCUGA